CACUCUACCAAGGUGGCAGCAAUGGCGGAGGCAGCAGCUAUCACCAUCGACUGAUCCUCACGUUCUCCUUCCACGUAGAGGAAUGAUGUUGAAAUCGAUGACUUUGGGAUCCUUAUAGAUUGUUAUUAUACAAUGAACACCACUGUUACACCAUCAGACCUGGUGGAUGUGCCAAGACAGCAGAACUUCAAUGGCACCCUGGGCACACAGACCCCGUCGGGUUGGGCGGUGAUCCACACUGCUACCUUGACCUUUUGCUCUCUCCUCCUCAUCUUCAUCUUCUGCCUCGGGUCUUACGGCAACCUCGUGGUGUUCCUGUCCUUUUUCGACCCCGUGUUUCGCAAGUUCCGCACCAACUUUGACUUCAUGAUCCUCAACCUGUCCUUCUGUGACUUGUUCAUCUGCUGCGUGACGGCUCCCAUGUUUGCACUGGUGCUCUUCUUGGAUGCAGGCGGAGGGGCCGGCGUGUCGAAGAGCUUCUGCUUUGCUUUCCACUUGACCAGCUCGGGCUUCAUCAUCAUGUCCCUGGAGACGGUUGCUGUCAUUGCUUUGCACAGACUGCGAAUGGUUUUGGGACAGCAGCCCAACCGCACCGCCUCCUUCCCGUGCACGCUGGCCCUCACCGCCCUACUGUGGACAUCCAGCUUCACCAUGGCCGCCCUCCUUACCAUGCGAGCCUACCCGCGUAGAGAUGGACCCUGCUUGCCCCACUUCGGCCUGGGAGGUGGACAGGCCAGGGUUGUGCUGUACGUCUACCUGGCCGACUUUGCCUUCUGCGUUGCCGUGGUGUCUGUGUCCUAUCUGAUGAUUGCUCAGACGCUGAGAAAGAACGCACAGGUGAGGAAAUGUCCCAUCAUCGCCGUAGAUGCCACAUGCCCUCCGCCCCCACCACCUCUCAUCGCGGCAGGCUUUGAGAGCAUGCAGUGUGCUGUUCAAGGCCCCUCUCUGUACCGUAACCAGACUUACAACAAACUGCAGAACGUUCAGACACACUCUUACGCCAACAAGACCGGCCAGCCACUGGUACCAGGGGCUGCACAAGGAGCCACCUGCUGUCAGCUGGUGUCUACAGUCAACCUGGCCACAGCCAAAGACUCUAAGGCGGUUGUCACCUGCGUGGUUAUAGUGUUCUCCGUGCUGCUUUGCUGCUUGCCGAUGGGAGUUUCACUGGCACAGGAUGUUUUGUCGCCAGAGAGUAGCUUUGCACAUUACCAGUUUGAACUCUGCGGCUUUGUGCUGAUUUUUCUCAAGUCGGGCAUCAAUCCCUUUGUGUACUCGCGCAACAGUGCAGGCCUCCGCCGCCGCGUGCUGUGCUGUAUUCAGUGGGCAGCGCUGGGCUUUCUCUGUUGCAAGCAAAAGACUCGCCUGCAUGCGAUGGGGAAGGGCAGCCUGGAAGUCAAUCGGAAUAAAUCCUCCCAUCACGAGACCAACUCGGCCUACGUACUGUCCCCCAAGCCACAGAGGAGGCUGGUAGACCAGGCGUGCGGGCCCAGUCACUCCAGGGAUUGUGCGGGUAGUCCAAAGGCCACAGGUGUGCGCAAGCCUCGCCCCCCGAGCACCUCUACGCCUAUCAACACCCGCAUUGAGCCCUACUACAGUAUAUACAACAGCAGUCCCUCCGCAGGGCCCAGCUCCCCCACCAGCCUGCAGCCUGUCAGCUCUCAGACAUUUGCCUUUGCCAAGUCUUAUGUAGCCAUGCACUACCACACUCACCAAGACGCACUACAAGACUUUGAAAGCACCUCAGUGCACCAGAUUCCCAUCCCCUCAGUCUAAUCUAAAACAGGAAGGUUUGGACAAUCUCGCCAUGGCUUUAGAUCCAACGUGAAUAAAAAUGAACUUGAAAACAGCCCAUUUCAUGUAUUUGGAAUCUAUAUUAACCUUUUGUUCUCUUCUACAGUGGAAAUACAUGUUACGUUUUCUUGAGUGGAAAAAUUCAAAAAAACAGGACUUUCAGCCUUGCCAUGGAAACUAAAACCAAGCAAUAGAUUUGUAAUGAAAGUUAUUUACUGUUAUGGAAUUGACUUUUUUCUUUUACAGAUGCUGCAUUUUCACAUAAAUCUGCCCCUGUGUUGCGCACGCAUGUGCCAUUGUAACCCAAGACUCUGUAGGUUUUCAUUGCAGCCAAAAGACUGCAGUCGCUGGUUUCACUGCUGCCUCCUCUGUGGUUGUGCGCUGCUGUGGGGUCAGGCUGCUGUGAAACCCUGCA